AUGGCACCCUUAAGCUAUGACUUAGCUGGCAUGAUCCUCCCACAUGAUACCUUUGGAUCACAUUUGGAUUCACAGCUAAGAACAGUUGAUGAGGAAUUAGAAAAACGUAAUUUUAAAGUAGCCAGAAAUGUUUUGACAUCAGUAUGGGAAGAUACAAUUAUUGAUGGCUAUCCGGUUCUUGCUAAGUACGUAAAUCCUUCCGAAGAACCCUACUACCUGAGGGAAAAAUCAGCAACUUGGAUGGAAAAUCAUAAACCUCAUAGUAUUUGCGCAGCAAGUAUGAGUAUAUUCGAUAAUACAACUCACUUUAGUGGCUUUCUUUUCUCUGUAUUAAUGGAAAGAAAGUUAAUUCCUCCAGACACGAAUCUACAUUAUCUUUCUUUUGAUUGGACUUUGAAAUACCAUACUCGAGGAUGUUCACAUAAGCAAUCAAAUUUACUUGUAAAACCUGAUACGGAUACUCAAGACUUCCAGGCUAAUAAUAUAUCUAUUCAUAAUUAUUGGCAUAGUGAAUUCUUAGUUAGUAAUGAAAACUAUGAAGCAAUAUGGGUAGAUAAAGAAGUAAUACCAAAAAACUUAUCAGAAACCUAUCAUCAAGUGCAAAUUCAAGAAGAAUUGGUUGCAGACAAAGUAUUAAUAGUUGAUUGGGAAGCAUGGACACAGAGUGAAUGGACAAAUGAAGAGUAA